ACAAAAUAUUUUGUCUUGAUCCUCUCUUGAAUCCUUUUUGUUAAAUACAGUAUUUGGUUUAAUAUUUUGUUUUCUAAUGCACAACAUUUUCAAGUGUGACGCAGUAUCUGAAUAGUUUUGGGCUGGAUUGAAAUUACUAUAUAUUACACUAUAUAUAUUAACAAAGCAAGACAUAAAUAGGUUGAAUAUUUCUAUUAACGUAUUUAGGUUUCUCCCUAGUCUUAUCAUUGCUUUCUGUUAACCUUGUUUAAACAUGACUCUACAAACAGCAGCUGGAGAUUUCUCACACUAAACCUGCUGGGCACAAAAGUCUUUACUAGGUCAUGUUAUUGUUACUUGUAACUUUCUUACCUCAAAAUGAAUUGCUUUACAGUAAUGAACGUGAGGCUGACAUGCCUGCUGCUAGCCAGUUUUGUAAUUUUGGUUCCGGCAAUGUAUUUUGAUUUAGGGGAACAGGAGGAAAAGUGUAUCAUUGAGGAGAUUCCAGAGGACACACUUGUGUCAGGCAUGUUUCUGCUCGAGCACUGGGAAGAAAAUAAGAAGGCCAAUAUCCAACACCUUGGUUUGACUGUGACUGUGAGAGACCCUGACCAUGCGGUAAUCUUGUUAAAACGCUUUGGAAGAUAUGGAAAAUUCACCUUUACCUCCCAUGCUUCGGGUCAACAUUUCUUGUGCAUGCAGUCCAACUCCACCAGGUUCUCUGUGUUUGCUGGAGAUCGUUUGAAAGUGCAUUUAGAUGUUCAGAUGGGCGAGCAUACCAUUGAUCCUAAUGCUGCGAAGGCAAAGGACACUAUGAAAGCAAUGGAGUACAACUUGCAACAUCUCAUUGACCAGAUGCGAUACAUUAGCAGACAGCAAAAUUUCCAAAGGGAACGUGAGGAGAAGUUUCGCCAAAUGAGUGAGGAUACAAAUGGAAACGUUUUGUGGUGGGCCAUUAUUCAGACACCAUUGGGUGACGUGACGUCGUUUCAAAAAGCAUCGGACAAUCUGCUUAUUGUAACACGGGGAGAGUUGUAA